GUAGCCAAUCUCCUCGGGUGUCAGAGCCCGGCUGCUGGUCAUGAGGAAAUAGAAAUCACCUGACUUUACUUUCGUUUCCUUAGGUGGAAAUCUUGGACGCUGGCAGAGCGAGCUGUGGGGCAGUUCUCCAGCAGAGUUUGGCUUUAGCCCGAGCCCAGGAGGAGGGGAGUUCGGGCAACUGGAGCCUGGCCUGUCACCUGCUGCAUUAUGGGAAAUGCAAAUAAUAAAGGGCCAAUCCCACCCCCCUCCUCAAAGCCAACUCCAGAGGGGAUGGUGAAGCGACUCCAGGAGGACGUCACCUGCUCCAUCUGCCUGGACAUCUUGGAGGACCCCGUCUCCAUCGAGUGCGGCCACAACUUCUGCCGGGGCUGCCUCUCAGCUCACUGGAGUGGGGUCUCAGCCUGGGGAUCCCAGUGCCCCGAGUGCCGAGCUCCCUGCUCCAGGGACAGGAUGAUCCCAGACACACGCGUCAAAAACCUGGUGGAGAAAAUCAGAGACCUGCCAUGCGAAGAGACGCUGACAGCAACGGGGACAGUGAGCCCUGAGCAGGGGCCGGAGAUCCAGCCAGAGCAGGGGCACCCGGUGCAGCUGGUGCAUCUGGACGAGGAAGGGGGCCUGACCCUGGACGAGGAGGCCCUGAGCCGCUGCCUGGAGCAGGGUGGGGUGGGGGACGCCCCCGUCUGCCUGGUGUCCAUCAUCGGGGAGCAGCGCCGGGGCAAAUCCUUCCUACUGAACUACCUGCUGCGCCGGCUCCGGAGCCCGGAAGUGAAGGACGGAUCCUGGAUGGGCCGGGAGGAGGAGCCCUUGGAGGGGUUCGAGUGGCGAGUUGGCGCCCGCAGCGUCACCAAGGGGGUGUGGGCGUGGAGUCAGCCCUUCUGGGUCCCCACCGAGUGGGGGAAGGUGGCCGUGCUGCUGGUCGACACUGAGGGCUCCAUGGACAUUGCCAGAGACACAGAGACCAGCGUCAAACUCUCCGCCCUCUCCAUGCUGCUUGGCUCCUACCAGAUCCUGAAUGUUUCCAGCCAGAUAAAGGACCCUGAUCUAGCAUAUCUGGAGAUGUUUCUGCACGUGGCCGAAGAGGUGGGAAAGGAAUACGGGCUGGAGUCCAUUCAGCACCUAGACCUGCUGGUGCGGGAUUGGAGCAACUCCACGGUCCUUGGAACUGACGGUGGGAAAGAGCAUCUGAGAGACGUCCGACAGAUGCUGGCGGCGACGUCCCCUUGCAAACACCCCAAGGCCCUGGAAGCGCUGAGCAGAAGCAGCACCCGCUGUUACCUGAUGCCCUUCCCUGGCAAGCGGAUCAUGACUGGGAGCCAGGGAAGCCUGAGAGACAUGGAUGAGGAUUUCCGGGACAGCCUGAGGGAGUAUGUCACUACCCUGGUGGGCUCGGCCGGUCAACACGCGUGGAGAGACCGACAUGGGGCGCUGCUGACCGGGACACAGCUCACUGCUCGGAUAAUGAAAUUCUCUGAUCUGAUGAAGAAACAUCACUGUGGCUUCUCCUCUCCCGCUCAGAUGGCCAUCACCUUCCACAACCAGAGGGUCCUGGACAGGGCCAGCGCAGACCACGCUCUCUUUCUGAAGGAGAAGGACGGCGACUCCCAGAACCCAAUCACCUGCCUGAAGGUGCGGCCGAGCAAGAUGGCGAAGUUGUUGGCGGAGCGGCGCGGGCAGUUGCUGUGGCGGUGCUGGACGGACAUGCCGGAGCCGGCGCCGGAGACAGAGGCCCGGCUGACGGAGCUGGAGGAGGAGCUGACGCGGGAGGCUGAGACGUUCCUGGAGAUCUACGGGAAGCGCUUUAAGACAUUUGCCAUUUUGGCAGGCGUGGGUGCGGGGGUGGUGGUCCUGGGCCCGGUGGGCGGAGCUGUCGGUGCCGGGAUCGGUGCUGGGAUCGCUGCUGCUGCCGUCGCCGCCGAGGCGGCUGUGGCCAUUGGGGCUGGGACGGGCGCCGCGGCCGGUAUCAUCGUGGGUGGGGGCGUGGGCGGGGGCGUGGGUGGCAACAUCACCAGGAAGGAUAGGCAGAAGGUUGAGGCCGCUGGUGGUGGGAGGGAGGAGGGGGAUGGCACUGAGGAUCUAUCUGACGACAAACCCCUGAUCUGAUCGGUGUCUCCCCCUCCCCCCAAUCUGGGGCUGACGAAUGGGGUGACGGGGCUGCAGCAUAGCCCAGAUACGUCCCCAAGAAGCCACCCCAGAGCAGGGAGCCAUCGCCCAGAGAUUCUAAGAAGGGACAUUUAGAUCCUCUCGUCUGACCUGCUGUGCCACCCAGGCUGGAGAACGCCACCCACUUCCCCCUGCGUUGGGCCCGAUAUCUCCCCUUGGACUAAAUCAUCUCCCGGAAAGGCGGCCAGUCUGGCUCGGAAGCCGGAAGAGAUGGAGACCCCACCGCUUUCCCACUGGUGAAUCACCCACGCUGUGAAAAAUCCGGUGCCUCAUUUCCGAUUGGAGUUUGUGUGACUUUAACUUCCAGCCCUCGGUCCUCGCUCUGCCUUCCUCUGACAUUGCAGGGCCACUCCGGCUGCAACGCGAAGCGCUUGGAAAUGCCCGGCCGAUGGUCCUGUCCCGAGAUCACCCACUGGGGGUGACAACGGGUGGCUGGCUUACUUCCUACAUGAACAGUCCUGUGGUCCGCUCCUGGGGGAUAGAUCUCCAGCCGCCCCUCUGAGCGGGAAGGCGGGUCCAGGGGAGAGGGCACAGGAAGACCCUGUGGAUUCCCUGCUCUACCAGGGACUUCCUCUGUGACCUUGGCCAAGUCACUUAGUUUCUCCGUGCCUCAGUUUCCCAUCUGUAUAAUGAGGGUAAUAAUGCACUGAAAGAUGGUGAGGGGUUUGAGCUCUACUGAGAGAAAACACUAUCCAAGAAACCAGCAUCAUUCUUUAUUCCAGGGGAGGGCUAUAAAACCAUCCGAAGCUAAAGGGAAUCGGUUCCACACCCAUCAAUGCACGCCGAGCACUGGACACCAUCUGGCCAACUCCACAGGAAGUCUCAGCUCCGACCCUUCAGCACUGGUGAAAGGGCAGGACUUGGGCGUGGGGAUUUCCCAUCAAUGGGGUCUCGGGCUAACGGGACUCUCCAGCUGUUCCACCCCAGCCUCCGCUGGUGCCUACGAUCCGAUAGACGCUCUAGCGUGAGGUAGGGGGUCAGCUCCAUCCUGGCCUGGGCUUGGUGAGUCGGGAGCACCCCUUCCCCUCACAGAUUCCAGGGCCUGGAUAACAAUGGCCAGUGAUGGAGAAUCUGUUCCAAUUGUUCUCACUGUUAAAAAUGUCUGUCUUACUUCCAGUCUGAGUUUAGUCUACACUUUUCUGUGCUAGACCGAAGGACCUAUUGUCAAAUAUUUGUUCCCCAGGUGGGUACGUAUGGACUGGGAUCUAGUCACCCCUUAACCUGCUCUUUGAGUCCUAUCUCCCUAAGAACUCCUUGGAAACCUGAUAUCAGGGCUGCGGGUUUUCAGAGGCUGCACCUCUCGGGACAGAGCAAGAGAAAGCAGAAGUCACUUGAGACUAUGGACUGCAAAGUGGUUCUGCUGGAAGGUGGCCAGUCAACAGGUCCUGGGUGCAGGACAAUCUCAGAGCAAUGGAGGCAUUUAAGCAAUUUCCUUUGUGCGCAACAGGAGGAAAGAUAUUUGGGGUACUGUGUUAAGGCGUCAAGGAGUGCGUGUGUGUGUGUGUGUCUGUAAAUGACCACCAUGGGGGAGUGCUAAAGAGUAAUCUCCCAGAUGCGAAGUUCUGAUUCAUUGAGCCCUGAAUGGCGAGUUCCUAGUUUUGGGACAAGUCUCCGCAGAAACCUCCAGCUCUAAUUCGGUUAGGGGAAGAUACAACUGCUGCUUAUCGGAAGUGCUUUGUUAACGUGUAUUCCUGUGGGUUGGGGGGGGGGGGGAACACAAUAGGGGAAACAGAUUAGCCAUUAAACGAACAGGAGUACGUGUGGCACCUUAGAGACUAACAAAUUUAUUUGAGCAUAAGCUUUCGUGGGCUACAGCCCACUUCACUGGAUGCAUAGAAUGGAACAUAUAGUGAGGAGAUAUUUAUACAUACA